CGCACCGGCAAGCCGAGCCCGGCGGCGGCGCGGGCAGCCCGGUGGGGCGGGGCACGGCAGCCGAAGGGGCGGGCUCCGGGCGUCGUAGUCACGCUCGGCCGCUGCUGUCCCCUCGUCGGGACCCUUGGCCAUGUCCUGGCGCAGCGUGGCUUCGGCGGGGAGGCGGCUGGUGCGGAGCGGGAGCACCUUGGCGGUGCGGCGCGGUGCGGCUGGAGCUGCGGGUUCGGGAAUGGGAAACAGCACAUCUUCAUCUCUGGGGAAGUCAGCAAGUAGUCCUGUGAACCAGAUCCAAGAAACAAUUUCUAACAAUUGUGUGGUGAUUUUCUCAAAAACAUCCUGCUCUUACUGUUCAAUGGCCAAGAAGAUUUUCCAUGACAUGAAUGUCAACUACAAAGCAGUGGAACUGGAUAUGCUGGAAUAUGGUAGCCAGUUUCAAGAUGCUCUUCACAAGAUGACCGGAGGAAGAACUGUUCCAAGAAUAUUUGUCAACGGAUCAUUUAUUGGAGGUGCAGUUGACACUCAUAGGCUUCACAAAGAAGGAAAAUUGCUGCCACUGGUUCAUCAGUGUUACUUAAAAAAGAACAAGAGGAAAGACGUUGACUGAUGUGGAUAGUCACCAGGACCAGGAAAUUGUCAUCGUGCAGUAAGAAAAUCCUCAGCAGAUGCUGGUGCCGUAACUUCAAGCUUCCCGAUUUAUGAACUAUAAACAGCAAAUCUCCUCUUCAUAAAUUAGUCAGGUAUUCUGUUUGAGCAGCCCAGAUGGAUAAGACUAUCUCUUCAUAUAGUUGCCACUUAUAAUGUUACUUUACCAUUUCCUAACUAGGAAUACACUGUUCAAACUGAUUUAAUUUCAGAUAAACUUAGCAAACUAAAAUACCCUUUAAGAAGUAAUUAUUUUAAAAGCUUGAAAAUAUUUCCAAUAGUUUGCUAAUCUGGUCUAGAAUAUUUUAUAUGUCUAUGAAAUAAUGCUUUCCCCAGUAGAUUCCCAGAGUCACAUUGGACAGAUUACCAAAUUCUGAGCCUUUCUUAGAGGUAGGAAGAACAUGGACUUUCCAGAGUGAGUGCUUCAGCCUUCUGGUCAAGAUGGAUUAGGAAUCAUGGCAUUUUGAGGAAGACAGUGGCUUGCUGUCAGUGAUGUUCAUCUGGACUAAAUCUGCAUUCUGGAUACCUUGAUAUAGUGAGAAUUUAGACUGUGCUGAUAGUUCAUUUAAUUUGUAAUGUUGUCAGGAAAAGAAAAGGGCAUGUUUUUAUUCCUUUAUUUUACAUUUUGUCAUGAGACAUUUUAUAUUUUUGCUAUGUUAUAAAAUUCAUGUUAGAGAACAGAGGAAGUCUGUUAUGCAUGAGAAAGGAAAAUUGUCAUUAUUGUCACUAUUAAUCAUAUUUGGAUAUACGGUCAUAAGAAGGUUACUUAAAUGCAGUUACACUGGUGGAUCAGGUGGUAAUAGGGUACUUGGCUUUGAGGAACUUGUUUUGUGGUAUCAUACUCAGACCCAGGUGCCUAAUCCCUGAGAUCCACAACUAAUCCUUAAAAGGAAUAUCUAAUUAGUUCUUCCUAAGCUUGUGGAAAACAAGAGCAAGAGUGAUACUUAACUCUUGGUUACAGUCAGUGUUAAAAUAAUGCAGCUCUAAGAUAAGCCUUAUCAUCAUAAGGUUCAAGAAUACCAAAGGCAACAGGUCAUCUUGAUUUUCAUUCUAAUUUUAUUUUAAAAAGAAAUAAACUCUUCCAAUGCUUACCAAA